AUGUCUCGACCUUUGAGGAAGGAUUACCGCACGGCGGACUUCGAGCAGCUCAGCAAGAUGAUCAAGGAUCAUCCGCUGAUGAAGACGCCUCAAGUGGAGCAGCAGCAAAUGCAAAAGUUGCGAACGCCCGAGUAUCGAACAAAGUGUGUGAUGAGGGCUUCUCUGGAUGACAUUGCUUUGGGGAUCAAUCUCUACAAGCUCCAGCUGGACAAGCCCAUGUCGCCCACUUUGGAGGAACCGGAUUACUUGAAGGAGCCGGCUGCUUCCGCCCGCUCCGCCCCCUCGGCCCGAGCUCCUGCCACGCCCUUCAUCAAGGUGCUUCUGCGCAAGACGCCCAUUGUGGUGCUCUUCGAGCGACGCAGCAUGACCGCCUUGGCGGACACGGAGGAGGGUCGUCAGGUGAUGGAGGACAACCGGAAGUACGAGGAGCUCCUUUCGGGAACGGACAAAACGCGGAGGAGCGUGGACGCCGACACCCAAACCAUGACGGCCCUGAUGAAGUCCAGGCUGGUUAACACCGAGAGGCUGACCACCGCCCAGAUGGGCUCCUAUGUGUCCAACUUCGAGAUGUACGACACCUACACGGACCUGGAGAAGUCCACCACGAGUGUGGAGGUGCAGGGUGAGAAGAAGAUGGAGAUAACCACCUACCACGUGGGCGGAGUGGAUCAGUUCGUGGGGAUUAACAGGCUGCCCGGCUUUCGGCUGGCUCUCAUGCUGACCAUGCGCAUCCUGGCCAGCAACGUGUUCGAGCCGCAGCAGCGCCGCUACAGGAACAUGGCACCACCCGAUCCUCUGGCCGAGGAUGUGAAGUUCAAGUACCGACUGGGAUUGCUUUGGCGGCUGAGUCCUCCGUCGCCGAAUCCCAAGGUCCACCAGGCAGUGAGCGAUGUGAGCUUCUGUCCCAGCAACGGGGACAUCAUGGCGGUGGCCUACGGGGUCUAUAGCCACGGCAAGGUGGGCAGGCUGCCUCGAUCCGGAUGGGUUUAUGUGUGGAACAUAAAGAACCCGGUGAACCCGGAGAGGCGCUACAACUACCAAGUGCCGGUGGUCACCGUGGAGUUCUCACCCACCCAACCCCAACUCUUGGCCAUUGGUCUGCACAAUGGGGGUGUUGAGGUCAGGGACAUUUCUGGCCAGGAUCUGCCACCAUUAGCUAUAUCUCAGCGUUCAACUUCGCCGCACUUCGAGCCAGUCACAGCCAUCAAAUGGAUCUAUUUCGAGGGGGAUGUGGGUUCGAGGAACCCGCAUAUUACACCCUUUUUGGCCACCUCGCAGGCGGGAGCAGUGACCAAGUACCGGCUGAUCAACAGCCCCAAUUUGCUGGGAUUCGAGCAACAGCGCUUGCAACGAGCUGAGGGCGAACUAGAGGGCAUUCCCAUCGAGCGAUCGCCUCCUGCAGCCUCGCUUUUGGCCAACAGAAAUCCACAAUGCUUGGAGAUAGUGCUCGAUCCCGUGCAGGGGGAUGUAUACUACGUUCUGACCGACGAGGGAACCCUGUACAAGUGUUCCACGAACUACCCACUGCAGCACUUGGAACUGAGACAGGUGCACGACGGACCAGCCGCCUGCAUGGAGUUCUCUCCUUGGUCGCCGAGGCUGUACCUCACCUGCGGAAGUGAUUGGUGCAUUCGCAUUUGGCUGUCGGGAAUCCUGGUGCCCAUAGUCACCCUCCAGCACCACCUUUCCCCGGUUCACUGUGCCCGCUGGAGUCGCACGCACUCCACUAUCCUGGUUUCCCUGAGCCGCAGCACCGUGGACAUCUGGGAUCUGCGCAACAGCACCAUGAAGCCGGUGUCCUCCACCGUAAUCGAUGCGGAUAUCUUCUACACCACAUUUAAGUUCACCCACUGCGGUCGCUCGCUGGCUGUGGGAAACGAGGCUGGCAACCUGUUGAUGUUGUCCUUCGAGGAUAUGCCCUUUCCCCCGCACUUUCAGUACAAGCAGCUGAAAAGAGCCAUCUUCAAAGCCUUGUCAAUGCAACCGGAACUUCGCAAACAGGUGAAGAGCGUCGGACACUUUGGCUAUCCGGGAGGCAAGAAACAAACGAGGGCCUAG